GUCCACCACCGCCCGCUGCCCACCGCUAGCCGACCAUGUCCGACGCCGACUCUGCGCUCAAGAUCGCCGCGACGUUCCUGCUCCAGUCCCCGCCGGGCGAGCUCGCCGACGUCUACGCCGACCUCGUCCCGCUCGUCGCGCCCCUCCUCGGCGCCGGCGCCGGCGGGCCCUCGGGCGAGGCGCAGCUCGAGGACGCGCUGCGCCCUGCGCUGGCCCAGUACGCGCGCGAGCAGCUCACGGUCGUUGAGCUCGAGGGGGUGGGAGCGGGCGGAAAGGGCAAGACGCUGCUGAGCGAGGCGAGCCGGGUCGAGGGCGAGGGCGAGGGCGAGGGCGAGGGCGAAAGGCAUGUCGCGCCGGGAUUGGGGAGCUCGUUCGAGUGGGACGCGGUCAAGGAGACGGCCACCUCGCUCUCGCCGCUCUCGCCCACGCCCGACGCCGAGACCGAGUCGCUCCGCGCCGCGCUCGACACGCUCCUCGGGCGGUACACGGCCAACCACUACGCCGAGGGCGUCAGCGCCGUCUUUGCCCUCGACGACCCGGCGUACCCUGCCCCUCCCGCUCCCGCUCCUCCUCCUCCCUCCUCCUCGACCGCUCCUCCGCCUCCUCCUCCCGCCACCGACACCGACACCGACGCCGCACCCGCGACCUCCGACGACGAGGGCCAAACGGCGGCUGCCGACGCAGCCGAGACGGCCGACGCAGCCGAGACGGCCGACGCGGCCGCCGCGGCGCUCCCCGACGAGGGCGUCGAGACGGCCAACGGCGAGCCGGCGCCGCCUGCUCCGGACGAGGCGGCGCCCGAGGCGGCGGCCGAGGCGAGCGGCGAGGCCCCCAGCGCGGGCGAGGAGCAGAAGGAGGGCGAGGAGGAGGAGGUGGCGGCACCGGCGGACGAGGACGCCGAGAUGAGCGCUGCGACGCCCGCUGCUGCUCCGGCUGGCGAGGGCGAGGGCGACGACGUCGCCGAGGUGGCUGUCCCGGCCGUCGCGCGCCCGAGCCGGCUCUUUGGCCUGUACCUCGUCGGCAACAAGUACAACCCGAGCAACUAUUGGACGGGCCGCUGGCGGUCGACGUACACGCUCGACUGGGCAAAGGGGACGCUCGAGGGCACGGCAAAGGUCAACAUUCACUAUUACGAGCAGGGCAACGUCCAGCUCUCGACGACGCUCAAGUCGACCACCUCCCUGUCGGCCUCUCCUGCGGCAGAAGCCGUCCUCGCGGCGCUCAAGGCCUCCGAGUCGUCGUUGCAGCGCCAGCUCGCCGACACGUACUCGACCCUGAGCGAGGGCGCGUUCAAGGGCCUCCGGCGCGCGCUGCCAAAGACGAGGAGCAAGGUCGACUGGGACAAGGCGGGCGCGUACAGGCUUGGGGGCCAGAUUGGCGGCGGCGGGGCCCAGGGGCAGGCGUGA